AUGUGCAAGGUGUUUACAAUAACCUUGCAAGGAGCAGCCCAGGAUUGGUUCCACACCUUGCCAUCUGAAUCGAUCAGAAGCUUCAAGGAGCUAGCUUUCAUCUUCACCAAGGAGUACACUUCUUAUCGGACGAUCAAGAAAAAGUCUGACCAUCUGUUCAACCUAUGCAAGAAGCACGAUGAAUCUCUUCGAGAUUACAUCAAGAGGUUUAAGACAGAAAAGGCAAACAUCAUAGGGUACGAUGACCGAAUCGUGUCCUCAGCCUUCAAGAAUGACUUGCCAGCCAAACACUUAUACAACAAGCUGACUAUUGCUCCCAACCAGACUCUAGCAAAGGUCUUCGCGACCGCAGAAUGUUAA